GGUUCUGACCAUGCUCUGCUUGCACCCCUCUUUCUCCAGGACACCCCCUCCACCGAGGCCCAGCCAUGGCCAAACUGGAGACACUCCCCGUGCGAGCUGACCCAGCGCGGGACCCCCUCCUGGCCUUCGCCUCGAGGCCCUCUGAGCUCGGACCCCCAGACCCUCGCCUGCCCAUGGGCAGCGGGGUGGCCCACGCCCCCGAGUUUGCCAUGAAGAGCGUGGGGACCCGCACGGGGCCUGGGGUCAGCCAGGGCAGUUUCCCUGGAGCCCGCAGCAGCGCGUCGGGGGGCAGCAGGGAGAGGCCGGGCCGGUACCCCUCGGAGGACAAGGCUCUCGCCAACUCCCUGUACCUCAACGGCGAGCUGCGGGCCAGCGACCACACCGACGUCUGCGGCAACAUGGUGGGCAGCAGCGGUGGCAGCAGCAGCAGCGGUGGCAGCGACAAGGCCCCUCCGCAGUACCGAGAGCCCGGCCACCCGCCAAAGCUCCUGGCCACCUCUGGCAAGCUAGACCAGUGCUCAGAGCCCUUAGUCCGGCCUUCAGCAUUCAAGCCUGUUGUCCCCAAGAACUUCCACUCCAUGCAGAACUUGUGUCCCCCGCAGACCAAUGGGACCCCCGAGGGACGCCAGGGCCCCAGUGGCCUAAAGGGCGGCCUGGACAAGUCUCGGACGAUGACUCCGGCCGGCGGGGCUGGAGGUGGCCUCUCCGACUCAGGCCGCAACUCCCUCACCAGCCUGCCCACCUACAGCUCCAGCUACAGCCAGCACCUGGCCCCCCUCAGUGCCUCCACCAGCCACAUCAACCGCAUCGGCACUGCUGGCUACAGCACGGGAGGUGGCAGCGGUGGUGGCAGCGGUGGCGGGUCAGGCUACCAGGACCUGGGGACGUCGGACAGCGGCCGGGCCUCCAGCAAGAGCGGCUCCUCUUCGUCCAUGGGGCGGCCGGGCCACCUGGGCUCUGGGGAGGCAGUGGGGGGCGGCCUGGCCUUCGCCGCCUGCUCCCCUCCCUCGCCCAGCGCCCUGAUCCAGGAGCUGGAGGAGCGCCUGUGGGAGAAGGAGCAGGAGGUGGCGGCGCUGAGGCGCAGCCUGGAGCAGAGCGAGGCAGCGGUGGCCCAGGUGCUGGAGGAGCGGCAGAAGGCCUGGGAGCGGGAGCUGGCCGAGCUGCGGCAGGGCUGCAGUGGCAAGCUGCAGCAGGUGGCCCGCCGCGCCCAGCGUGCCCAGCAGGGCCUCCAGCUGCAGGUGCUGCGGCUGCAGCAGGACAAGAAGCAGCUGCAGGAGGAGGCGGCCCGGCUGAUGCGGCAGCGGGAGGAGCUGGAGGACAAGGUGGCAGCAUGUCAGAAGGAGCAGGCGGACUUCCUGCCCCGGAUGGAGGAAACUAAGUGGGAGGUGUGCCAGAAGGCCGGGGAGAUCUCGCUGCUGAAGCAGCAGCUGAAGGACUCGCAGGCCGACGUGUCGCAGAAGCUGAGCGAGAUCGUGGGCCUGCGCUCGCAGCUACGAGAGGGCCGGGCCUCCCUGCGCGAGAAGGAGGAGCAGCUGCUGAGCCUGCGGGACUCCUUCGGCAGCAAGCAGGCCAGCCUGGAGCAGCUGGGCGAGGGCGAGCAGCACAGCCCCGUGGGCCUCAAGCCGUCGCUGAGCCCCGUGGACCCGGCCGAGCCGCAGGACGCGCUGGCCGCCUGCGAGAGCGACGAGGCCAAGAUGCGCAGGCAGGCCGGGGUGGCGGCCGCCGCCUCGUCCGUGUCCCUGGACGGGGAGGUGGAGGCCGGGGAAGGCGGCACGCGGGCCCUGCGCAGGGAGGUGGGCCGGCUGCAGGCCGAGCUGGCGGCCGAGCGCCGGGCCCGGGAGCGCCAGGGCGUGAGCUUCGCCGAGGAGCGGCGCGUGUGGCUGGAGGAGAAGGAGAAGGUGAUCGAGUACCAGAAGCAGCUGCAGCUGAGCUACGUGGAGAUGUACCAGCGCAACCAGCAGCUGGAGAGGCGGCUGCGGGAGCGAGGGGCCGCAGGGGGCUCCAGCACGCCCACCCCGCUGCACGGGGAGGAGAAGAAGGCCUGGACACCCUCCCGCCUGGAGCGCAUCGAGUCCACCGAAAUCUGAUGCCCUCCCUGGGCCGGGCUGUGGCCUUGUGACCGAAGGCCAGAGUCUCCCAGACCACCCCCCAACCCACCCAUGCCACUCCUGCUCCCCCACCAUCUCAUGCCUGUGACCCCAGAUCCCCCAGACCAAAGAGGUUCUCAGACGCAGCUGUGACCAGUCCCCUCCUGACCCGCGCUUGGAACUUCCUUCCACGGAGGAAAGAGAGAGGGCAGAGCGAGUGGGGACCAGCCUUCCUCCCCGAUCUCUUCUUCCUUGGCACUCCCCAGAUGGAAAUCGAGGCAGCAGGCCCGUAGGUCGGGAGGUACCCUGUCCCUUCGGUGUAGGCCGCUUCCAUGGGCCACCCAGUGUCCAGGGAUGUGCCCUCCUCGUUAGCCAUACAGCUGACUGAGGGGGCCCACAGGGGCCUGCCCUGCAAAGCUGACAGGCAGCCCUGGGUCAGGCCUCUCUCCUUCCUGGGAGGAGUAGAGGGCUUGCUUAUGGUUGAGAGGCUAUGCCAGCCUCUCCCCCCAAGGUCUUCUGAGCAUGUCCUGUGUCCUGUGGCUAUGUGUGUGGAGGAAAUAGGGUGGGGCUGGAGGCUGGGGACCCAGGGAAUGGCUGCCCUCCCAUUUCUGGGAAGCUUCUCUUGCUGGUUUCUUAGCCCCCCCCACCCUGCCUGGGUCCACAGGGAUCUUAAGGGAUCUCAGGGAUCCGGGCUGUUCCAUCUGCUUGUCUGAUCCCACACUCAGGGCCACUGCCCGGCUCUAGUUGCAGUGACUCUGCUCCCUGCCUCUCAGGCACUCCCCUCACCCAGUUUCUGAGGUCAAAUGAGUGUCUGUGCUGUCUUCCAGUGUCCUUCCCCUCUAUCCCCAGAAGCCUCUGCUUUCACGCUCAGACUAUCAUCAUUCCAGGCCACCUCUUCCCCACCCUCACCUUUUCUUCCAGUAGGAAAUUCUGCUUGAUCUUUGGUGCACUGCCUACUUGCAAGCUCCUUGGGCCCAAGCCUGAGCUUUAGGCCCUUGUUUUGGGGUCCCGGGUUGGUGGUGGUGGUUGUGAUUCCCUUAAAGAACAAGUCUGAUCUGAGUGAGAAAAUCAUUGGCCCCUGGGUUCCCCGGGCACAGAGGGGCCCAAGGUUUGCCCAGGUUGGGCCUGGCAUGGUCAUUCCUGGGGGUCAGGAUAGCCAGUGUCACUUCCUCGCUCCUCUCAAGGCCCUCUCAGAGGGAGGGGAAAAGGCACAUUUCUAAUUCACCAGCAAUAAAAAUUAGAGGAGGCUUGGCCCUCAGCCCUUGUAUUUUCUCUUUUCACUCUCUCCCAUCCCCAAGACUGGGUUUUGGGGGCCAGAGUGGACUGAGCUGGCAACUACUGUGAGCAAGUCCCCCCACCCCCUGACAAGCUUCCUCCCAUGACUGGUGACUGUUUAAUGAGUUGUGUGUGCCCCACAAAGCAGGAGUAUGCUCGGUGUGGACUCUCAGCCUUGCACAGCACCCCUGGGGGCCCACAUCUGCCUGUUCAGAUGCAUGGGGAGGGGGCCUAUCCUUGCAGUCACUGCCCAUUCCACUCACCCCUCACUGGGCCAGGGCCAGAGGUGCAGGGGAAGAGAAGGCAUUAGUAAGAGAAACAAUAGACAAAAAAUAUGAACAGACUCAGCUUUGGACUUCCAGUACAAAAGAAAUUAUAUAUAAAUAUAUAUAUAAAUAUAUAUCUCUACCAUAUGUGAUGGAAAGACUUUGUUUUCUUUUCCCAAAGAAAUAAAAUGGAGAAAGCCUCUUGAGUGGCA